GCUCAUCAAGCAGCAAGUGUUUCUCACAUCUCAGAGAGAGAAGGGACAAUGAUGCAUCAGGACAGGGUUGUGAUGAGGAGAGGACUCUCCGUAGCCUUUCUCCUCCUCCUCUGCAGCAUCACUGUGUCCGGACUGGGAUCAGUGGUGCGGAGCCAUCACAGAUACAUUGAAAAAUUCAAUACCUGGGAGAAGGCACAAGAGUUCUGCAAGCACCACUACACUGACUUGGCCACCAUCUACUCAGAAUCGGAUGCGAGCAGCCUGAAUAUGAAGGGAUAUCACGCCUGGAUCGGCCUACACAAAGACAAAUCUAUCUUACAACAUGGCUGGGUCUGGUCUGAUGGAGAAGAGCACACGUUUCCUUCCUGGUCCCAAAAUCAGCCACACUACAAUGAAGAAUGUGCUGUGUUAAGCUAUAACAAAAAGCUUUAUGGCAAGUCUUGUUCAGGGUAUUGUUUCUUCUUCUGUCAUAAGAUUGAAGGAACCAGUACAAGCUACACAUUCUUCAACGAGUCAAAGACGUGGGCCGAGGCUAAGGAGUACUGCAACGCUGACGGCCAAUACCUGGCAGGUAUUGGAAAGGAGGAUCUGGGCACGGCUUUGGGGGAAAAGGAUUUUCCCGUCUGGAUUGGAAAGCACAAAAAUGGUGACACAUGGAAGUGGAGCACAGGCAUGUCAGACUACACAAACUGGAAAACAGGAAUGCCAGACAAUAGUGGGGAUUGUGUCUCCAUUUCCUCUUUAAAUAAAAAGAUGGCUACUCAAAACUGCAGCGACAGGUUGCCGUUCCUCUGCUUCUUGGAGAACGUAAUCCUGGUAAAAGAGAACAAGACCUGGGAGGAGGCGCUGGAGUACUGCAGAGGUCUCUUAUCUCCCGCCUCUCGUUAUGAUCUGCUCAGCGUGCAGCCUGGAGAUGAGCAGUAUGUGAUGAACAAAGUCCUGGCGGCCAGCACCGAGGAGGUGUGGACUGGCCUACGUUUCCUGGCUGGUGAAUGGUUGUGGAUGAAUGGGGCAGAUAUUUUAUAUGACCUGCCACUCUGCCCCGUGUAUGGGCACCAUUGUGGCGCCAUGAGCAAGAGCGACACUGGCAGCGUGGAGCCCAGAGAUUGUUCAGAGAAAAAAAACUUUCUUUGUUACAGUUGAUAGCACCAUCACUGGUCUUUGUUUGAGUGACCCUGAAGCUAAAAUCAACUGCUUAUCCACAUUUUCUUGCAGAUUUUUGCUCUAUUGUUUUAUGUUUUAGAUGCCACAUUGAAAUAUAAUAUGGCUUUGAAAUAUUAGCUCUAACAAAAAGAAGCACAAGUCUGCAUUUACUAAAUGAAUUUGCGGUGUGUGAAAAUAGAUUUUUUUUCUUUUAAUGUGCCAGGAUAGCAAAAAAAAACAACCCAAAAGAACAAGCAACAUUUGUCCCUAAUUUGGCCCACAUUUGGCUUUGACUGACAGCGUUGUCUCUAGUUACUGGUGUCACUUAUCCACCAGAAUUGAUCCAUUUCUUCCUUUUCUUUGGGCCUCUUGGUCACACCUGGUCCUCGUAACACAACCUCCAGUGUAUCAUUUAUAAUUUGUUUGGUUUUUCAUUUGAUGAAACUUGAGUUUUCUUAAUACAGAAAGAAGAAAAUCCUAAAACGUAAUUUUUUUAAAAACUUUUUUUUGUUUGUUUUUAUUUCGUUGUGUGAAGAGACAUACUUUUAACAUCAGAAACCUUUUCAAAACAUGCAACCAACA